AUGGCUCAACCAAUUUUGCUGGCCGAUUAUCCGAAAUUACCAUUAGAAGACAAUCGAGUAAACGAAAUUGUUUCUGAAUCGCAUGACUUUGCUCACGCGAAUGGUUUGGUUAUGCGAACUCGCGAACAAAAAGAGAAAAGUGAUGUUUGUCAAUCAGCUCCAUUUGCUCUGUUACCAUCGCCAUUCCCAAAGAAUCUUUUCGAAAAGUCAGUGUCAGUUCAGAAUGUGAGUGUUUUCAAAUAAAUUUUGAAAAUCAAAUAUCAACAAAGAGAACAAAUUAUUUUAGUUGAUCGCAAGUCUUUAUCACGAAAUUGCAUACGAAUACGAUUUUCUCAUUAAUCUUCAUGAAAAUGUUGUGAAAUCCGACGAAUUCACUAGAAAUAUGAUUGAAAUUUACAAAAAAGUUCGCGAAUCUGGUCUUGCUCAACCACUAACUUUGGCAAUUCAACGGUCUGAUUAUAUGUGUCAUAAAGAUCCAUAUAGUGCAGAAUAUGGAUUGAAACAAAUUGAAGUGAAUAAUAUUGCGUCAAGUAUGGGAGCACACGCAGAAAGAGUCACAAAACUUCAUCGCCGAACACUUCUUACACUUGGUUAUGACAAAGAUUUUGUUGAUCGUUGUAUUCCAAAAAAUGAACCAAUCAAAAUGAUUGCUGAAGCAUUAUUCAAAGCAUGGAAACAUUUUAAUAAUCCUGAUGCAGUUGUUCUUGUUGUCAUCGAAAAUGUUAAUCAAAAUCAAAUUGAUCAACGACAUGUUGAAUAUGAAUUAGAGAAUUUGGGAGUUCCACCAGAUCAAAUUAUUCGAAAAAGUUUGGAAGAUUUGAAAGAUCUGUAAGUUAUUUUCUCGAAGUUAACAUUUUUUAAUCGAUUGUUUUUCAGUCUAACUUUAUCUGAAACUAAAGAUCUUCUUUAUUCGGGAAGUCAAGUUGCAAUUGUAUAUUUCCGUGCGGGAUAUUCACCAGAUCAUUAUUCAUCUCAAAACGGUAAAAAUUAAUUGCUAUUUUCUGAAAUAUGUUCUGGAUAUAUUUUAGAAUGGGAUACUCGUCUCAAAAUGGAACUUUCAACUGCAAUCAAAACUCCAUGGAUUGGUCUUCAAAUUGCUAAUACAAAAAAGACUCAACAGGUUUAACAUUUACAGAUUUUCAAAAAACUAAUUUCGAAAAAUAAUGUAGGUUCUUUCGGAAGAUGGAGUUGUUGAGAGAUUUGUUGGAAAUCCAAGAGAUGCAAAUGCAAUUCGAUCAACAUUUGCUGGUCUUUGGGCACUUGAUAAAACUGAUCCAAUAACUGAGAAAAUUAUCAAAGGAGCAAUAAAGAAUACAGAUAGAUUUGUGCUCAAACCACAAUUAGAAGGUGGAGCUGGAAAUUAUUAUGGAAAUGAAAUGGCGGAAAUGUUGGAAAAUUUGAAAGAAGAGGAAAGAGGCGCAUUUAUUCUGAUGGAAAAACUUCAACCAAUUAUUGUUGAGGUAUUAAUUUAGAGGAAUUUUUGGACGUGACUUUUGGGGUGUAUGAAUUGAAGCAGGAUCGGAUAAUUUUAGCAAAAAACGGACCACUAAAACGAAAUCAGUCUAUGUCUGAUUUUUCGAAACAUAUCUAAAUAGAACCAAUUUUUGAAAUGGUUCGAUUCAAACACUGAAAACUGAAACUUUCAGAAAAUUGGGCCGAUUUUUUCAACAAAAAAAAUCAAGUUUUGAAUUUUGAAAAAAUUAGAGUUUUUAGAAUUAUCUGAUUCGUGCAAAUCAACCAUAUAAUUUAUCAAAAGCUGUGAGUGAAUUGGGUGUUUAUGGUUAUGCAUUUGGAUAUCAAGGAAAACCAGAAUUGAAAACCGCUGGACAUUUAUUGCGAACCAAAGGAGAAACUGUUAAUGAGGUUGAUAUUUUAAAAUACAACUUUAUUCUGAAUAUUCAAAUUUUCAGGGCGGAGUUGCUGUCGGUCACGCAGUUAUCGAUUCUCCAUUCCUUUAUGAAUUCAUUUAA